AUGAGCGACAGUGCUGGUAAGCGGAAGCAGGGCCCUGGUGGCAAUGGCCAACCCUUUAAGAAGAGCAAGGGAGGCGCGUCUGGCAAGUGGCAGACGGCACACCAAAAAGCCAAGAAAAGUGAGCAGAUGGAGCUAGGGAGAACCCUAGAGGUUGAAGAUGCCGGUAUUUGGGUGACUUACGCGAGAGGUAUGAGGGGCAAGGCCAUAAGGGAGUUCAAGGCUGUCUGCGACGAGUACGGCGAAUCGCUUUUUGGGGUACAAGCUCCGAAGGAAGAUGGAGAGGGCGAUGAUGUUGAAGAUGGUGGUGACAUUGAGGCUUCCAUCGAGAAGGAAUUGGCUAGUCUGUCACAGCCAAAGCCCAAGACAAAGCAGACCUUUACAGCAAUUGGGACUGGCCUUGACUGUGUCUUUUUCAUGAAGACAGUGAAGCCCAUCGAGCCUCUCCAGCUUAUCGCCAAGAUUUGCCAGGAUGCUAAGGACUGUCCGGACCCGAUGCAGCGCAAGACCAAGUAUACCAACCGCUUAACACCCGUCUUUGACACGGACAAGGCUACCGACAAGGGUAUCGAGCGUGUAGCUCGGACUGUGAUGGGCCCGCACUUUGAACUCAAGAAGGAGUCAGGAGAGGAUGCUCCCACAGCUGAGGCAGUUUCUUCAAAUGAAGAGACUGAUGGCUCUGCAGCCUGCACGUACGCCAUUAGGUACAACAUCCGCAAUCACACCGCCUUCAAAUCGAGCGACGUGAUAAAGAAGAUUGCGGAUUUGGUCAACCCUAAACACAAGGUCAACCUAAGCAAUCCCGACAAGGUGGUAUUGGUUGAGAUUUUCCAGACGUUCUGCGGAGUCUCGGUUGUCGAUGGAAAGGAGAGUGAGGAGCUGAAGCGUUACAAUCUGAACGAGCUGUACAAGGUGGCUUUGGAUGGUAAGAAGAAGGAGAGUAAGCCUGCAGCCGAGAAGGAAGCUGCGGCAUCAACAUAA